AUGUCCCUCCAAGCCAUUCCCGAACAUCAUGCAGAUCUCCCAUCCGGUCCUAGUGUUUUCACACUACAACAGAUACGAUGCCUUGAAGAGGCUGCAAUCCUCCUUCCCGAGCCUCAGCCGAAUGCAUCCGCAAACGCUAGUGGUAAAAGAAAAGUUUCCGCUGUAUUCAGUGCACCAAGAUCUGUGUCAAGCUCAUCCACCUCGUCGUCGUCUUCUGCGUCUGUUGCCACCCAUGGUUUCCAGCCCAAUGUCAUCCGAACCUUCGACAUCCCAAUGGCAGAAGAAAGUGUCGAGGUGCUUGAGUAUAUUGGGUUUGUACCGGAUGUUGCCAGACUGAUCUAUGACCGAUAUUGCGGCCGCCCAAGUCCAAGCCAAAAUCCUGAUGACCUAAUGGCAUAUGUCACUGCACAUCUCGCCUCUCUUAGCCGACGACAAUACGAUAACAUGAGCCAUCAGGAGGCGCUCGCUGAUGUUGGUCUUACUCGCCAAAUUCAAGAAGCAAUCACGGACCCGAGAUUCUCACACAUCUUCGGUACCCAGACCCUCACUUACUGGGCACAAGAUACCGUUGAAACCAACUAUGCCGCUCUUCUUCGUCAACAGCAACUGCUACAAAGUCAUGCAAACAAGCGCAUAGCUCAUAAAAAGAAACAUAAGCGGCCCAGGCAUGAGCCGAGCCGAGAAGACCAAGACCCAUCUGAGCAGCAACCCGUGACCGCAACGAUCAACAUGACACCCCAAGAUUUCCAGUUCCCAGACCCAUAUGUGAUGGUUCAGCCUGAUGCCAAUAUCCUCGCCGAUCACAUUUCUUUAUACAAGGGCAAGGCAUAUGAUAAAUUACGGCCAGCGGGUGAUAUCAUUGAGAGUGAUGGAACAGUCAACCUAAGACCACUCAGCACAUACCCCGGCGGAGACUUCAAUUUCGAUUUUAAUGCGCAAUACUGGACCCCCGAAAUUGAAACGGCUGAAGAGUACCGCAAAUUUGCAGAAAGGAGAAGCCCUGCAGCCGAUACCUGCAUCAUUCACAUUCAGGUUCCGCGACCAUUCAUCAACUGUAAGUGGAUAUAUUAG